CAACAAACCGCAGAUCCAGCUACAAAAAACAUUGAAAAAGCUAUUUUAGCACUCAAUAAUGAAAUCAGUAAAAUGCACACUGAAUCGGAAUGGAAAAGUGAAACCCAGACUCUAGGUUGCGCCUCUAUUACAAGCCAUAGAUCGGAAUAUCCAGAUAAAACUGAAGCUACCUGGGUUGAAUUUACCUACCUCUUCGAUGAAAGAAGAAAAAGAGAAGGGCGUUCCCCUGCUACAAUGUACAAUGUCUUAUCUGAAGAAAUUAGACUUAAUAAAAUCGAAGCUUGGGUCGAUAAAGAAGGAAAAAAGAAAGACAAUACUGAAUAA